GAUGGCGGCCGUAGUCACAGAAGAACCAGAAACACGUGAGGAACAUAAUGACGAAAAAAUAGAGGAUUUACCCCAAGAUAUUGAGCCUGCUGAGUCAAAAAAGAAGAAGAAAAAGAAAAAGAAAAAGAAGGCUGGAAAUGAUGAAAAGGAGGUUGAAAAUGGUGGUGUUGAUGGUGUAGUAAAUGGAGAAACAACAGAAAACAAAGAAACCCAAGAAAAUGCUGUGGGAGAUGGUGGUGAAGACAAGGAAAAGGAAGGACAAGAUGAAGAAGUUGAGGCUGAAGGUGGGACGACGAGUAGCAAGAAGAAGAAGAAAAAGAAGAAGAAGAAACCUGCAGAUGCAACGUCCGCCACACAAGAAAACAGUAAGACACUAGAGCAAACUGACCCACCACCCACUGUACCCAUAUCUACUUUAUUCCCUGAUGGCAACUAUCCUGAAGGAGAGAUUAUGAGCUAUAAGGAUGACAACUUGUGGAGGGAAACCAAUGAGGAGAAAAGAGCUCUUGAUCGUCUGCAUGCAGACAUUUAUACAGAUAUCAGACAAGCAGCUGAAGCCCAUAGACAAGUUAGAAAACAUGUUCAGAGCUACAUCAAACCAGGCUUGACUAUGAUAGAAAUAUGUGAGAGGUUGGAAGAGGCUGGCCGCAAGCUUAUCAAUGAAAAUAAACUGAAAGCUGGUCUUGCAUUCCCUACUGGCUGUUCUUUGAACCACUGUGCGGCACAUUACACUCCUAAUGCUGGCGACAAGACAGUUCUGAGCUAUGAUGAUGUUUGUAAGAUUGACUUUGGAACACACAUUAAUGGCCGCAUUGUUGACUGUGCCUUUACUGUAGCCUUUAACCCUCGUUAUGACAACCUAUUGGCUGCCGUCGAGGAUGCUACCAAUACAGGCAUUAAGGAAGCUGGUAUUGAUGUCAGAUUGUGUGAUGUUGGAGAAGCAAUACAAGAAGUGAUGGAGUCUUACGAAGUUGAAUUAGAUGGCAAGACAUACAGAGUUAAGCCCAUUAGAAACUUAAAUGGUCAUUCUAUUGGUCCUUAUCGCAUUCAUGCUGGCAAGACAGUACCUAUCGUCAAGGGUGGAGAAGCUACCAAGAUGGAGGAAAAUGAAUUCUUUGCCAUUGAGACAUUCGGCAGCACAGGUCGAGGUGUGGUCCAUGACGACAUGGAUUGUUCUCACUACAUGAAGAACUUUGAAGCAGGACACAUUCCUCUAAGGGUACCAAGAGCUAAGCAACUUUUGAAUGUCAUCAAUGAGAACUUUGGGACUUUAGCCUUUUGUAGGAGAUGGUUAGAUCGACUUGGCCAGACCAAGUACCUACUGGCCCUAAAGAACCUUUGUGAUACUGGUAUCAUAGAUGCAUAUCCACCUUUAUGUGAUAUAAAAGGGUGCUAUACUGCUCAAUAUGAGCACACUAUCCUGCUCAGACCUACUGUCAAAGAGGUUAUAAGUAGAGGGGAAGAUUAUUAGAUGUGACAGUAUGACAACUAGUACCUAGYUCAAACAAUUCUUCUUGAAAGAAAGGGAUUCCCAUUUUAUAGAAAAUAAAUAAAAUGGGAAUCAACAGUGGUUCCACAAAGUUUAGAAUUUAUUUUUGAGGAGGGAGGAAAAACAGUUCACCAGGAAAAAAACCCUUAAAGCACACAAAGGAACCUAAAAGCAACUCUAUUCACAUAUGACUUUGAGUCAAGGAAUCAAACCUGGUCAUUUUGGUGAGAGCUGAGCACUCUCAACACUAUGCCACACAUGCUUUAUAUCACAGAUUCUUGAACUUUUAGUGCAGUCAGUGUCUAUGAGCAAUGCUAGACUUGAAUUUUGUGUCACCAAGACAUGCAGCUCUACAAACUGUACAUUCUUUUUUUCUUCAAUUCUCUUUACUACUCUUUUCAUUGCAAGCGCUGAUUGAAACACAAAUUGUGACAGGUUAAUUAUAGGAUAAUCUGAUUGCCGUUGUACUGUUGUACRUUGUACGUUGCUGUUGACUGGUAAUAACAAUAUUGGAAGUGAUUUUCCCGGAAAUUUAAGUUUUUCUAAGUUCUUAAAAAUCAAAUGAUCCAAAAAUUAAAUAAUUGCUUUGUGUACUUUGACAGUUUGUAUAUAACAAAACACUUAUUGAUUUGAACCUCGGGAAAGCAGUGUGUUUUGUGGACCCUCGACGUCUCAGGAACACAAAACACCCUGUGUGUUUUCCUCAGUCUCAGUAAAUAAGUGUUAACUGUUGUAUAUCACUUGACCUAAASUUCAAAUGAUCUCAAGUAAUGAUCUCAUUCCAAUCAUCAAAAUGCACUGAUAACUGCAAGUGAGGGUAGAUAGAUAGAUUUAAGUGUGUCUCCAUGGAAUUUAUUACUAUAGAACCUCUAUUCCUAUUUAGAAAUAGACCCUUCUCCAUGUCCUCCAAAAUGGCAGCCACAGUUUCAUAUUUCACUGUUUGCUGGUCAACAGACCUUUGUCCCAGUUCACUUUACUGGUCAUGAAACAAUGGUUUCAAAUUGGGUUGGAAUUGAUGAGUAAAAGAGUCAACUUCAGUCUUGUCUUCAAACCAUUGUUUUGUUGACAUCCAAGCAAAUUUGGGAAAGGUCUGUUGGUGCUACAAAUGCAAUAAUCAGCUUGUUAAUUAAAAUGUUAUACACAGA